AUGACUGCUGCACCAACUACCACAACAGCUGCACGAACAACCACGACAGCUGCACCAACUACCACAACAUCUCCACCAACAACCCAUACAGCUUCACCAACAACCACUACUGAUGCACCAACAACCAAAACAGCUAAACCAACAAGCUCGACAGCUGCAACAACAUCUACUACAGCUGGAACAAUUACCACUACAGCUGCACCAACUACCACAACAGCUGCACCAACUACCACAACUCCUACACCAACAUCCACUACAGCUGCAGCAACAUCAACUACAUCUGCACCAACAACAACAACAGCUGCACCAACAGCCCUGACUACUGCACCAACCACCACGACAUCUCCACCAACAACCCAUACAGCUUUACCAACAACCACUACAGGUGCACCAACAACCAAAACAGCUAAACCAACAAGCUCGACAGCUGCAACAACAUCUACUACAGCUGGAACAAUUACAACUACAGCUGCACCAACUACCACAACGGCUGCACCAACUACCAGAAUAACUACAACAACUACCACAACACCUACGCCAAGAUCCACUACAGCUGCAGCAACAUCAACUACAUCUGCACCAACAACCACAACAGCUGCAUCAACAACCACAACACAAGCACCUACAACCACAACAAAAACACCUACAACCACAACACAAACACCAAUAACCACAACAGCUGCAGCAACAACCACAAAACAAGCACCAACAACCACAACUGCUGCACCAACAAGCACAACAGCUGCACCAACAACUACUACAGGUGCAUCAACAUCCACAACAGCUGCACCAACAACCACAACAGCUGCACCAACAACCACGACAGCUACUACAGCUGCACCAACAUCCACUACAGCUGCACCAACAACCACAACAGCUGCACCAACAAGCACUACAGCUGCCCCAACAACCACAACUGUUGCACCAACAACCACAACACAAGCACACACAUCCACAACUGCUGCACCAACAACCACAACAGCUGCAUCAACAACUACUACAGCUGCACCAACAUCCACGACACCUGCAAUAACAGCCCUGACUACUGCACCAACAACCACGACAGCUGCACCAACAACCACAACAGCUGCAUCAACAACUACUACAGCUGCACCAACAUCCACGACAGCUGCAACAACAUCCACUACAGCUGCACCAACAGCCCUGACUACUGCACCAACAUCCACAAAAGCUGCACCAACAACCACGACAGCUGAACCAACAUCCACUACAGGUGCACCAACAUCCACUACAGCUGCACCAACAACCACGACAGCUGCAUCAACAACUACUACAGCUGCACCAACAUCCACGACAGCUGCAACAACAUCCACUACAGCUGCACCAACAGCCCUGACUACUGCACCAACAUCCACAAAAGCUGCACCAACAACCACGACAGCUGAACCAACAUCCACUACAGGUGCACCAACAUCCACUACAGCUGCACCAACAACCACGACAGCUGCAUCAACAUCCACUACAGCUGCACCAACAACCACAACAGCUGCAUCAACAACUACUACAGCUGCACCAACAUCCACGACAGCUGCAACAACAUCCACUACAGCUGCACCAACAGCCCUGACUACUGCACCAACAUCCACAAAAGCUGCACCAACAACCACGACAGCUGAACCAACAUCCACGACAGGUGCAUCAACAUCCACUACAGCUGCACCAACAACCACAACAGCUGCACCAACAUCCACUACAGCUGCACCAACUACCACAACAGCUGCACCAACUACCACAACAGCUGCACCAACUACCACAACAGCUGCACCAACUACCAUGACAUCUCCACCAACAACCCAUACAGCUUCACCAACAACCACUACAGGUUCACCAUCAACCAAAACAGCCAAACCAACAAGCUCGACAGCUGCACUAACAACCACGACAGCUGCACCAACAACCCUGACUACUGCGCCAACAACCACGACAGCUGCACCAACAACCACAACAGCUGCAUCAACAACUACUACAGCUACGACAGCUGCACCAACUACCACGACAGCUGCACCAACUACCACGACACCUACACCAACAUCCACUACAGCUGCACCAACAACCAUAACUACUGCACCAACAUUCACAACAGCUGCACCAACAUCCACUACAGGUGCACCAACAUCCACUACAGCUGCACCAACAACCACGACAGCUGCAACAACAACCCUGACUACUGCGCCAACAACCACGACAGCUGCACCAACAACCUCAACAGCUGCAUCAACAACUACUACAGCUGCACCAACAACCACGACAGCUGCACUAACAACCACGACAGCUGCACCAACAGCCCUGACUACUGAACCAACUACCACAACAGCUGCACCAACUACCACAACAGCUGCACCAACUACCACGACACCUACACCAACAUCCACUACAGCUGCACCAACAACCAUAACUACUGCACCAACAUCCACAACAGCUGCACCAACAACCACGACUGCUGCACCAACAACCACGACAACAGCUGCACCAACAACCACGACAGCUGCACCAACAUCCAAUACAGGUGCACCAACAUCCACUACAGCUGCACCAACAACCACGACAGCUGCACCAACAACCACGACUGUUGCACCAACAACCACGACUGCUGCACCAACAACCACGACAGCUGCACCAACAUCCACUACAGCUGCACCAACAACCAUGACAGCUGCACCAACAACCACGACAGCUGCACCAACAACCACGACUGUUGCACCAACAACCACGAAUGCUGCACCAACAACCACGACAGCUGCACCAACAACCACGACAGCUGCACCAACAUCCACUACAGCUGCACCAACAUCCACUACAGCUGCACCAACAAGCACAACAGCUGCAUCAACAACUACUACAGCUGCACCAACAUCCACUACAGCUGCACCAACAACCACGACAGCUGCACUAACAACCACGACAGCUGCACCAACAGCCCUGACUACUGAACCAACUACCACAACAGCUGCACCAACUACCACAACAGCUGCACCAACUACCACGACACCUACACCAACAUCCACUACAGCUGCACCAACAACCAUAACUACUGCACCAACAUCCACAACAGCUGCACCAACAACCACGACAGCUGCACCAACAUCCAAUACAGGUGCACCAACAUCCACUACAGCUGCACCAACAACCACGACAACGACUGUUGCACCAACAACCACGAAUGCUGCACCAACAACCACGACAGCUGCACCAACAACCACGACAGCUGCACCAACAUCCACUACAGCUGCACCAACAUCCACUACAGCUGCACCAACAUCCACUACAGCUGCACCAACAUCCACUACAGCUGCACCAACAUCCACUACAGGUGCACCAACAUCCACUACAGCUGCCCCAACAACCACGAUUGUUGCACCAACAACCACAACAGCUGCAUCAACAACUACUACAGCUGCACCAACAUCCAUGACAGCUGCACCAACAUCGACUACAGCUGCACCAACAACCACGACAGCUGCACCAACAACCAAGACUGUUGCACCAACAACCACGACUGCUGCACCAACAACCACGACAGGUGCAUCAACAUCCACUACAGCUGCACCAACAACCACAACAGCUGCACCAACAUCCACUACAGCCACAUCAACUACAGCUGCACCAACUACCACAACAGCUGCACCAACUACCACAACAGCUGCACCAACUACCAUGACAUCUCCACCAACAACCCAUACAGCUUCACCAACAACCACUACAGGUGCACCAACAACCAAAACAGCUAAACCAACAAGCUCGAAAGCUGCAACAACAUCUACUACAGCUGCACCAACAACCACGACAGCUGCACCAACAACCAUGACUGUGCACCAACAUCCACUACAGCUGCACCAACAACCACGACAGCUGCACCAACAACCCUGA